CUUAGGAGGAUGCCGGUUUUUGCGACUGGAGUCCUCAAACGUCGGGAUAUGGAUUAAUAUCGUCUACAUUUAUUUAUUUCGGCCACUCUAAUCAUGAAAAGCACCGCUAAAUGUUAAUUUAUAACAGUGAAUAUAUAUAUAUAGGCUUUUAUUUAAUCAGCCGCAUAUGUGGAGGAUUUUACAGUGAUUUGCUCUUGGUGUACUAAUUCGUAAACCCUCAUUGACCCCUAUUGCGUUGACAGAAUAAAUGACAGAAAUGAGUAAGUGACUGUAACACACCUUCAAAAUGCUGACGAGACUUUUCCGAAUCCACGGCCUCUUUGUGGCCUCCCAUCCUUGGGAAGUCAUUGUGGCUACUGUGACUCUCACCAUCUGCAUGAUGUCCAUGAAUAUGUUCACUGGAAAUAACCAGAUUUGUGACUGGAACUUUGAUUGCCCCAAAUUGGAGGAGCAAAUCUUAAGCAGUGAUAUCAUUAUCCUGACAAUCACAAGAUGCAUAGCGAUCGUCUAUAUUUACUUUCAGUUCCAAAAUCUUCGACAGUUAGGAUCCAAAUACAUAUUGGGCAUUGCAGGACUUUUCACAAUAUUCUCCAGUUUUGUGUUCAGCACAGUUGUGAUUCACUUCCUGGACAAGGAGCUGACAGGUCUCAAUGAGGCCUUGCCAUUCUUUCUGCUGUUGAUUGACCUCUCUAAAGCAUGUGCUCUGGCCAAGUUUGCAUUGAGUUCAAACUCACAGGAUGAGGUGAGAGAGAAUAUUGCCAAAGGAAUGGCUGUUUUAGGACCCACUUUUACUCUUGAUGCCCUUGUGGAGUGCCUGGUGAUCGGUGUAGGGACAAUGUCAGGUGUGCGACAGCUUGAGAUCAUGUGCUGCUUUGGUUGCAUGUCUGUCCUGGCUAACUACUUUGUGUUCAUGACAUUCUUCCCGGCCUGUGUCUCUCUUGUGCUGGAGUUGUCUAGAGAGAGCAGGGAGGGACGACCCAUCUGGCAGCUGAGUCACUUUGCUAGAGUUCUGGAGGAGGAAGAGGACAACAAGCCUAACCCUGUCACACAAAGAGUCAAAAUGAUCAUGUCUCUUGGCCUGGUCAUGGUUCACGCUCAUAGCCGGUGGAUUGCAGAUCCCACGUCAAGUAAUGGAACUCUUGAUCUUCCUGAAGUUGGAGUGAGUCUGAAUGACAAUAUGCCCAAGAGAAUUGAGCCAGACAUGCCCCUUUGGCACUUUUACCUAUCCAGGAUGAUCGGCAUGGACAUUGAGCAGGUGAUCACACUGGGUCUCGCCCUGUUCCUGGCUGUGAAGUACAUUUUCUUCGAGCAGGUGGAGAUGGAGUCUACCUUGUCCCUGAAAGUGCCCACUCCAAGCUCCAUGCUCUCUCAGAAAUGGUCUCCUGAUCAGUGCUGUAGGAAAGAGGUUCCCAGUUCCAGCAAGCCUGAGAAAACCCCAACUCCCCCUCCAGUUGUUACCAAAGAGGAAAGAGAUUUAGUGAUUCGGCCCCUACCUGCCCCGAAAGAGCCUGAGCAUAAAAGUACUUUUGUUUUGGGAGAGGAUGAAACUCAGGAAAUUGUUGAUGUGUCGGAGUCUGUGAUCAGUUUACCUGCUGAACCCAGACCUGUGGAAGACUGUCUCUCCAUUCUGAAAAACCCAGAUAUGGGUGCUCGCUACCUCAGCGAUGAAGAGGUGAUCGCGUUGGUGAACUCAAAGCACAUCCCAGCUUACAAAUUGGAGGCCAUGAUGGAGACCCCUGAGAGAGGGGUGAUGAUCCGUAGAAAAAUGCUCAGCCCCAAAUUCCCAGAACCCACAGCUCUCACCUGCCUGCCUUAUAAAGACUACGACUACUCUAAGGUGAUGGGAACAUGCUGUGAGAAUGUCAUUGGUUACAUGCCAGUUCCUGUGGGGGUUGCUGGGCCUCUGCUAUUGGAUGGAAAGCAGUUUCAGGUCCCCAUGGCAACAACUGAGGGCUGUCUAGUUGCCAGCACAAAUAGAGGCUGCAGAGCUAUAGCACUGGCUGGCGGUGCCAAUAGUCGUGUUCUUGCAGAUGGAAUGACCAGAGGGCCGGUGGUGCGUCUGCCUUCUGCCUGUCAGGCGGCUGAAGUCAAGGCCUGGCUGGAAAGCACUGAGGGCUUCAAGAGCAUCAAGGAGGCCUUUGACCAGACCAGCAGGUUUGCACGAUUGGAGAAGCUUCUGAUUGGUCUGGCAGGUCGCAAUCUAUACAUUCGAUUCCAGUCCAGAACUGGAGAUGCAAUGGGGAUGAACAUGAUCUCAAAAGGCACAGAACAGGCUCUUACCAGGCUGAAGGAGGAAUUUCCAGAGCUUCAAAUUUUGGCUGUUAGUGGAAACUAUUGUACUGACAAAAAACCUGCCGCCAUCAACUGGAUUGAGGGCCGGGGCAAGUCAGUGGUGUGUGAGACCACCAUCCCAGCCAAAGUUGUCAAAGAGAUUUUAAAGACGUCGACUGAGGCUCUGGUAGACGUCAACAUCAGCAAGAACUUGAUUGGAUCUGCUAUGGCUGGAAGCAUUGGAGGUUAUAACGCUCAUGCUGCCAACAUCGUAGCUGCCAUCUAUAUUGCUUGUGGACAGGACCCAGCGCAGACAGUGGGCAGCUCUAAUUGUAUCACUAUUAUGGAGGCCUCAGGCCCCACCGGGGACGAUCUUUAUAUCAGCUGUACUAUGCCCUCCAUUGAGCUGGGCACUGUGGGCGGAGGCACUAACCUUCCUCCCCAGCAGGCCUGUUUACAGAUGUUAGGUGUGCUGGGUGCCAGUCAGGAGUGCCCGGGUGAAAAUGCCCGACAGCUUGCCAAGGUGGUGUGUGCUACCGUGCUUGCAGGAGAGCUGUCACUCAUGGCUGCACUCACUGCUGGACACCUGGUCAAAAGUCACAUGACUCACAACAGAUCAAAAGUGAAUUUGCAAGAAGCUCCAGGAACAUGUACUAAGCAGGCAUCUUGAGACUUCACAUGCUGAAAAUGGAAAAGGGCCAUAAAGAAAGAGGAUCUCACGUUUAAGGCACAAUGAUUAGUAAUUGAGAUUAUUUUAAAGGCCAGCAAAAGGAAUACAGUUCAUGGAUCCCCUGAUCGGUUAAACAUGAGUUAAACAGAUAAAAGUAAAAUGGUUGAAAUUAAAGACUGGAAUCAAGACCAGCUGUGUUUAGAAGCCUAUAGCCAGUAUUUCUAAAUCAUAUCUGAGCAGAAAUCGCUGUUUCCAGAUCUGCUUUGUUAAGCUUAAUUUGCUAUGGAUAGCAAAUCUGCUCUUAUAUCCACUGCAGCCAGUACAUAGAGAUACAGAAGGCCACAUAGUUUAACUUAUUUCCUAAAAUCAAUGCAGUUCAGGUCACUUACAGGACCGACUGGAUGGGUUAAAGCUGAGUAAAUUUUUUUACUUCAUUAUUUGUUGGUGAUAGCAACAGGGAGCUAACGGUCUGUUUGCCAACUUUUUGCCAAACUGGAAACAACAACAUUAGACAGAAAGGGAAGGAGAAAGUUUAAUCUUCAUUGCACUUACAAAGGAAAUGCCGUAGGGCAGUGCCGAUAAAGAGAGGAGUUUAAAGUACUAUGAUUCACUAGUUGGUACACAUGUAGAAUAAUACAGAACAACUACGAAAUUGCCAAAUGCAGCCGUCAGCAGUGCUCGUGAUGUUUUUUUUGUCUGUGACACAGGAAUGAAUUGAAUGACUUGUGUAAAAGGGUUGUGCUAUGGCAUGGUCACAAAUAUUUCAAAAGGUGCUACAAUCCAUUUGAUGUUUCAGUUCUUUGUUCAUUUAGCUAUUUCUUUGUGUCUGAACACCUCUAAAAUGGGUUUAUGUAACAAUACGCAACUUAACGCAUUGCAUGUUUCCAAAGGCUUGAAAUGGCUUUUAUACAAUUGGUUCUAGUUUUCAUGUCAUGGAAAUGUGUGGCUGUUUAGACAUGUAUGUUUCAUGCUGAAGACAUUGAAAGCAAGCUUGCUAUUUUUUUCCCCCAAAGGCACAAUUCAAAUUAUUCAAUAAACUGCAAAGUUUUGUAUAUUUUUAUAAUAAAAGAAAAUACAAAAUUAAUUGACCUGUGCUUGAUCAUAUUCUGCUUCUUACUUGGGCAACUCGAUACAAAAACUCAAGAAAAUAUUCAAGGUUUAAAGGGGUCAUAUGAUGUUGCUAAAAAUAACAUUAUUUUUUGU